AACAAAAAUUUCAACAUCUUUUACAACUUAAAAAAAGGUUCAAAAGAAUUAAUUAAGAACCUAUCUCUAAAUUCUCAAUCCUCUAAAACAAAAACAUCAUAAUUAACGAAACUUAAUAAGUAUAAAUAUGUGACCGGAUCCGAAAUAUUGGAUCCACCGGAUCGGAGGGAAAAAAAAGCAAACCCGUGCGCCAUUAACAAAGAGGUCGAGCUUGCUUGACACCACACAAUGCAUUCUCCUCGUAAGUUAUUUCACGCGCGUUCAUCACUCGCCACGCGCCGAUCAACGGCUCUCGUCGUAUUAACUUCCCUAGCUAUCGGAAUCGCCGGUUUCACAUUUGGACUCGCCGUGAUUCUUUUACCCGGUCUCCGAUUAACCGGCCGUAAUUGCUUGACGAACACUCCUCCGAAGACGGUGAGAGUCGUUUGGGACGUCACCGGAAAUAGUAACAAUGGCGAUGUUGGUGGUGGUGGCGAAGGGAAGAGGCAUAAGGUUAUGGGAUUCGUUGGUAUUCAAACCGGAUUCGGAUCUGCUGGCCGGAGACGAUCACUUAGGAAGACUUGGAUGCCGUCAGAUCCCGAAGGACUUCGACGCUUGGAAGAAUCUACAGGAUUAGCAAUCAGGUUUAUGAUAGGGAAAACGAAAAACGAGGAGAAGAUGGCUGAGCUCAGAAGGGAAAUCGCAGAGUAUGAUGACUUUGUACUGCUAGAUAUCGAAGAGGAGUAUAGUAAGCUCCCUUACAAAACUUUGGCUUUCUUCAAAGCUGCGUACGCGCUUUAUGAUUCGGAGUUCUAUGUCAAAGCUGACGAUGAUAUAUACUUGAGGCCAGAUAGACUCUCUCUGCUAUUGGUUAAAGAGCGGAGUCACUCUCAGACGUACCUAGGAUGCUUGAAAAAGGGUCCGGUUUUCACAGAUCCUAAGCUUAAAUGGUAUGAACCAUUGUCUCAUCUGUUGGGAAAAGAGUACUUUCUUCAUGCUUAUGGCCCGAUCUAUGCUCUCUCUGCUGAUGUGGUAGCAAGUUUGGUUGCCCUCAAGAACAACAGUUUCAGGAUGUUUAACAACGAGGACGUAACAAUAGGUGCGUGGAUGCUGGCAAUGAAUGUCAACCACGAGAACCAUCACGUCCUUUGCGAACCAGAAUGCUCGCCUUCCUCUGUUGCUGUUUGGGACAUCCCUAAAUGCUCAGGUCUGUGUAACCCAGAGAAAAGGUUGUUGGAACUUCACAAGCAAGAAAGCUGCUCGAAAAGCCCGACUUUGCCAUCAGAUGAUGAAUGAUAUUAUUUGUCUUAUUACCUUGAAAUGUCCUUAUAAACAUCUUCUCAGUGGUGGAAGCUCUCUCACUUGCAGAUUAAUUUCUUCAGGCGAACCUGUGUUUCACAUAGAUUCAAGUUUAAGAGUUCCACUCAAACGAGGAGCUCAACAACAAAAGACAGGCCAGCGAGCAAAAAAAAAACUCAAAAGAUAUGCACAUGGAUUAAAAUUUAAAAUAA